GUAGGUUGAUUUGAGUGGACGAAAUGUGUGCCAACUAGUGUAAGAUUGUAACAGUGUCUCAUAGUUAGUCUAUCUAUAUACUUUAAUCAUGUCGUCUUUCUUUAUAAAGAAAAAAGGACCUCCAAAGGUUUUCAAAAAGAACGAGAAUUCAGUCGGUUCAAAACGAAAGGUACGGAGCUAACGUUUGCUAGCUACACUUAGCCUAGGACUUAUCUUGCUAUUUACAUAUUACAAUGCUGUCUAACACGUAGCUUUCUUUUAAUCUUUGAUGUUUGUUUGUGUUUUGUUGCUUUAGAACGAUGGAGACACAGGAAACAAACUCAAGAAAAAACUAAAUUCAAAGCACAAUGAAGAAAUCUCCAGUGACUCUGAAACAGAAGGGUAGGUUAACUUACUCGAAGUGUAGUUGGCUGGCUAGCUAACUAACUUAGCUAAGUUGGCUAACAAACUGAUUAAUUUUAGCCGUAUGAGUGGACAAACCAUGAGUUGAAUCAAUCUCUUUAUGUAGCCCUUCACUGCACAGAAAAAGGAGGGCCAAUGUCGAAGAAGAGUUUGAUGAGACCCCACAGGAGAAAAAACUACGAUUAGCUAAACUAUACCUCGACCAAUUGAGGGAUGAGGGUAAGGGAAUAGCUACUGUACCGAGCUAUUAUCAAUUUCAACAAAACUCUCCUAAAAUGGUUAACGUUUAAUGACAUUUUAUGAAUCUGAUGCAUUACUGGUCUGUCUUCAUGUCUUAUCAACAGAAGAAAAGAAGGCAGAGGAGGAGUCUUUUGAGAUGGACCUGAUUGCUGGAAGACUUCAAGAAGAAGUGGUAAGUGUAACUAGCUACAGCAUUGUGUUGCUUGUAUGGCCCUAGAAAAUGUCACAUGAGUUUGGUUGCUGCUAUUUAUCUCAUAGUUAAAAAAAAAAUUUUUCCUCAGCUUGAGCAGAAAGGACAGCUCCAACGGAUGGUUGCAAAAGAUGUGAGUGUCUUUGUUUUGGUGUCUCCCAUAAAAGCACCCUGUGCAUGCCCACCACUCACUAUUUUACUACUUAUAAUGAAACUAUAUGUGUAUGUAUGUGUGGUAUACUAUUAUUGAUACUGGAACAUGGUGUGCUAUGAGUUUUGUAUGGCCCGUAAAGUAAGUUGUCAGUCCUCUUCAUGUGUCCCUAUGUUGUCGUGGUCUCCAGCUCCUGCCACCAGAUGUGUCAGAGAUUCGUCUGUUGAGGGGCCACAAGCUGCCAGUCACCUGUCUGGUCAUCUCUCCUGAUGACAAACACAUAUUUUCCGCUGCCAAAGACUGCUCAAUCAUCAAAUGUGAGUCUGGACAAUAUAUUUGUUUGUAUACUCUCUUCGCCAAAAUAAUCUAUGUUUGAUGUUGUACUGAAAUAUAAUGUGCAAAAUCAGUUGCAUGUGACCUAAAAUGCAACAGUCAGUGGGCUUACUCAUGCAUUCUCCCAUUGUCUUCUGUAACUGCAGGGGAUGUUGAGAGUGGUAAGAGACUGCAUACGAUAGCUGGUGGGAGGAAAGGAACAGAGGAUCGCCAUGUAGGACAUACGGCCCAUGUCCUAUGUAUGUCUAUAUCAUCGGACGGCAAGUACCUGGCUACUGGAGACAUGAAUAAGUUGAUCAUGAUCUGGGAGGCAGCAACAUGUAAACAUCUAUACAAGUUCACAGGACAUAGAGGCCCGGUAUCGGUAAGAUAUACCCCCUUUCACCCCUUCCCUUAUUCAUUUUUCCAUCUGCUUUUAUUCUUGCUUUCUCAUCCUUUCAUAUUUACCUUCACAAACGGUGCCAUCUCUCCUCCACAGGGCCUUUCCUUCAGGAGGGGCACCCAUGACUUGUACAGUGCCUCUCAUGACCGCUCCAUCAAGGUGUGGAACGUGGAUGAAAAUGCCUAUGUGGAAACACUGUAAGUAGCUGAAUAGUAAUGUCUAUGUUUCUUCAGGUUUGGGCAUGUGAUUUGUGUUUUAUUGACUGUGUGUCUCCCUAGGUUUGGUCACCAGGAUGUGAUCACAGGGCUGGACAGUGGGAGUCGGGAGCGCUGUGUGACUGCAGGGGGGAGAGACCGCACUGUGAGGGUGUGGAAGAUCGCUGAGGAGUCCCAGCUAGUGUUUCAUGGCCAUGAGUGAGUCCCCCUGGUCUUCUUCUCCUUCUCUGUAUUAGUCAGUCUCACAACACUGUAUAGGCCUAGUCUCUGUUGGUCUGCGAGAGUGUCUAUUAUCCUUGUGUGUUAACCUACUGGUAAUGCUCCUCCCACUUAUUUUCGCUCUCUCAGGGGUUCCAUCGACUGUAUCCAGCUCAUUAAUGAAGAACACAUGAUAACAGGCGCUGAUGAUGGGUAAAUGUGGAUUUAUAUACUCCACUAGGUGUCGUCGUACUCCACCUCUAGCGGUUCUGCAACCACUUUGUGAGGGAAUGGUUCCUUACAAAUGCACAAAUAUUUUCAUUAGUCUAAAAAGCUUUCUCUUGUCCUCCCCCAGCUCUGUCUCCCUGUGGAGUGUGAACAAGAAGAAGCCCCUUAGCACGGUGAAGGCAGCCCACGGUCGGCAUGGCGACUCGGGGCUGGAGCAGCCCUACUGGGUAGCGGCCGUGGCGGCUCUGCAGAACUCUGACACCGUAGCCUCAGGUACCAACGGCUGUGAGUCACCAGCUUUAUAACACUCAUCUACAGUCGUGGUAAAACGUUUUGAGAAUGACAAGUAUUGGUCUUCACAAAGUUCGCUGCUUCAGUGUUAUGCUAUUUGUCAGAUGUUACUAUGGUAUACUGAAGUAUAAUUGCAAGCAUUCCAUAAGUGUCAAAGGCUUUUAUUGACAAUUACAUUAAGUUUAUGCAAAGAGUCAAUAUUUGCAGUGUUGACCCUUCUUCUUCAAGACCUCUGCAAUCCGCCCUGGCAUGCUGUCAAUUAACUUCUGGGCCACAUCUUGACUGAUGGCAGCCCAUUGUUGCAUAAUCAAUGCUUGGAGUUUGUCAGAAGUUGUGGGUUUUUGUUUGUCCACCCGCCUCUUGAGAAUCGACCACAAGUUCUCAAUGGGAUUAAGGUCUGGGGGGUUUCCUGGCCAUGGACCCAAAAUGUCGAUGUUUUGUUCCCCGAGCCACUUGGUUAUCACUUUUGCCUUAUGGCAAUGUGCUCCAUCAUGCAGGAAAAGGCAUUGGUCGUCACCAAACUGUUAUUGGAUGGUUGGGAGAAGUUGCUCUCGGAGGAUGUGUUGGUACCAUUUUUUAUUCAUGGCUGUGUUCUUAGGCAAAAUUGUGAGCGAGCCCACUCCCUUGGCUGAGAAGCAACCCCACACAUGAAUGGUCUCAGGAUGCUUUACUGUUGGCAUGACACAGGACUGAUGGUAGCGCUCACCUUGUCUUCUCCGGACAAGGUGUUUUCCGGAUGCCCCAAACAAUCGGAAAGGGGAUUCAUCAGAGAACAUGACUUUACCCCAGUCCUCAGCAGUCCAAUCCCUGUACCUUUUGCAGAAUAUCAGUCUGUCCCUGAUGUUUUUCCUGGAGAGAAGUGGCUUCUUUGCUGCCCUUCUUGACACAAGGCCAUCCUCCAAAAGUAUUUGCCUCACUGUGCGUGCAGAUGCACUCACACCUGCCUGCUGCCAUUCCUGAGCAAGCUCUGCACUGGUGGUGCCCCGAUCCCGCAGCUGAAUCAACUUUAGGAGAUGGUCCUGGUGCUUGCUGGACUUUCUUGGGCGCCCUGACGCCUUCUUCACAACAUUUGAACCUCUCUCCUUGAAGUUCUUGAUGAUCCGAUAAAUGGUUGAUUUAGGUGCAAUCUUACUAGCAGCAAUAUCCUUGCCUGUGAAGCCCUUUUUGUGCAAAGCAAUGAUGACGGCACGUGUUUCCUUGUAGGUAACCAUGGUUAACAGCGGAAGAACAAUAUGAUUUCAAGCACCACCUCCUUUUAAAGCUUCCAGUCUGUUAUUCUAACUCAAUCAGCAUGACCGAGUGAUCUCCAGCCUUGUCCUCGUCAACACUCUCACCCGUGUUAACGAGAGAAUCACUGACAUGAUGUCAGCUGGUCCUUUUGUGGCAGGGCUGAAAUGCAGUGGAAUUUUUUGGGGGGAUUAAGUUUAUUUUCAUGGCAAAGAGGGACUUUGCAAUUCAUCUGAUCAUUCUUCAUGACAUUCUGGUGUAUAUGCAAAUUGCCAUCAUCAAAACUGAUGCAGCAGACUUAGUGAAAAUUAGUAUUUGUCAUUCUCAAAACUUUUGACCAUGACUGUACAGCUCUGCAGAACUUUGACACCGUAGCCUCAGGUACCAACGGCUGUGAGUCAUCAGCUUUAUAACACCCAUCUACACUCAGUGUAGAAAACAUUAAGAACACCUUCCUAAUAUUGAGUUGUCGGAGUAAAAACUGUUAUUAAAUGUAUAAGGCCAUUUAAAAAAAAUAGUUAUAACGUAGUUAUAACUUAUAUUCAACAUGUACUGAGUAUACCAAACAUUAGGAACACCUUCUACCAUACCCAGUUCAAAGGCACUUAAAUAUUUUCUUGCCCAUUCACUCUGAAUGGCACACAAUCCAUGUCUCAAGGCAUAAAAGUCCUUUAACCUGUCUCCUCCCCUUCAUCUACACUGAUUUUAAGUGGAUUUAACAAAUUACUUCAUUAAGGGAUCAUAGCUUUCACUUGGUCAGUCUGUCAUGUAAAGAGCAGGUAUUCUUAAUGUUUUGUACAUUCUGUAUACACACAGCACUGCAGAACUAUUGACACAGUAGCCUCGGCUGUGGGAGUGCUAUUCACCAACUUUACUAUACUGUCUCGUCUAUCUAUCACACACCUCGUUUUGAGUUAUUUAACAAUCAACCCCGAACUUCCACCCCUCCUUGUAUACUGUAAAUCUAUGCAGUGUGCAUAGGAAUAUCAGCAUGCUCUGUAUUAGUGCAUACAUUCAUAGCAAACAUUGGUCAUAUAUUAGGAGUUGACUGCUAAUAUUUACUUGUCCAAUUGAUGAUGCUGGAAUUGAACAACUGUUGUCUCGUCACUCUGCAGGUUCCCACAACUCUAAGGUGCAACUGUGGGGAUGUGGUCAGGGGUUCCGUCAUCUGGAGCCUCUCUUCAGCAUCCCUGUGGUAAGCAAGUCCCAGCUACACUGCUCCAUACAUAAUACACCUUGCAUUGCAUUCAAUCAUUGUGUAGCAUGACAAUAUGUGGGAAGCGCCAUUGGAUAUAAUUCAACAUUAAGCAUUGGGCCUAUUUGUAUAGGCCUAUAUGUGUAUGGGGAAGUGUCUAGUAAGGGUGUUCUGCACUAAAACAUCUGUCUUCUCAAUACAGCGUAUUCUGUUUCCUCUCUCUUGUAGACUGGUUUUGUCAACAGUCUAAAGUUCUCCAGUUCUGGGAAGUUCCUGGUGGCAGGAGUGGGACAGGAGCACAGGUACGUACCCACCUACUUACCUGUCAUACAGAGCUAUAGCCCAGAGCAUACUUACUAGCAUUAUACACUGACUGACUUGUUGAUUGAUUGAUCAGAAACCUCACUAUAUUGAUCAUAUACUCAGUGCCUACCCUUUUUUUUUUUUUUUUUUUUUUUUUUUUUAACAAGCCUGUUUUCAGUAUUCUGUAUGGAAGUAGUUGCAAUGAGGACAGGUGCCCAUGUGGUGGCACUGUUAUUUCACGCUCAAAUCCUAAGACUCCCUAGACUGCUUCAGUGGCAGUGAUGGCAUUACCUCCUUUCUGCUUUCCUUAUUACAAGAUUAAAUGGCUUUUUAUAUACCGGAUAAUUUUACUCAUAACUUUAUUCAUGCAUUAUCUCUGUUUUUGUCAACGGUCUGUUUGUUUUUGUUAAAGUCUUAGUUUUUGUUGUUUACAGGCUUGGUCGCUGGUGGAGACUGAAGGAAGCGAAGAACGGACUCUACAUUAUUCCUCUGAAAAGACAACAGCCAGAGCAGGAAGAGGUGAAUGGAGAAGAAAAUGGGGAGUAGCUGAUCUGUGUAUGCCUUAGAAUAUAAUAUGUAUGACAUUUGAUUUUGUGAAUUAAAUUCUUUACAGAAAAACGAUUUGUAUUAUUGCCUAUCAAUUAACUACAGUGAA